CCGCGCGAGGCAGGACGGGAGAGCCAAGAUGGACGCGUCCAUUUGAACGACUCUCGUGAGGACCUCUCUCACACGCCUGCCUGGCGUUUGCAUUCGUUUCUCUAGCUGCUUCCCCGUCUUCCUCCGGAAUAGCGGAGGGAGAGGGAAUGAGAAGCUGCAGCGGCCGAGGAGUCACCGUGACUGACCCUGCCGCUACCCUCGGGCCCUCUCGGCCCCCGCGCCUCCGGGGAGCAGCCGGGGCUCGCCGCGCCUGACGCGUCCCGAGUUACACAGUUUUAAUAGAAUAACAUUUCAAAAUUGCACAACUGAAGUCGGAUGAACUCGCAAGUUCUUUAGUGUUGGUUAUCCUGUGUGAUAGGAGGACCAGCUGAAUUUUGUUGUUUUCUUAAAUAAUGUUGAUAUUUGGAACCCAUGUCGAACGUCUAUGAAGAAAGGGCAACAAUGAUUGCAGCCGGGGAUUUGCAGGAAUUUGUUCCAUUUGGUCGAGACCACUGCAAGCACCACCCUAAUGCUUUGAACCUCCAGCUUCGCCAGCUGCAGCCAGCCUCCGAGUUAUGGUCUUCUGAUGGUGCUGCUGGCUUGGUGGGAUCCCUUCAGGAAGUUACAAUCCACGAGAAACAGAAGGAGAGCUGGCAAUUAAGGAAGGGUGUAAGUGAAAUUGGAGAAGAAGUAGAUUACGAUGAGGAACUCUAUGUGGCUGGAAAUAUGGUUAUCUGGAGCAAAGGAAGUAAAAGCCAGGCGUUGGCUGUUUAUAAAGCGUUUACAGUUGACAGUCCUGUUCAACAGGCGUUGUGGUGUGACUUCAUUAUAUCGCAGGAUAAGUCUGAAAAGACCUACAGUAGUGAUGAAGUAGAAAAAUGCAUAUGUAUAUUGCAAAGCUCAUGUAUUAACAUGCAUAGCAUAGAAGGAAAGGAUUACAUAGCUUCUCUACCGUUUCAGGUUGCAAAUGUUUGGCCUACCAAAUAUGGAUUGUUGUUCGAACGAAGCAGCUUUUCACAUGAGGUUCCUCCGGGCCCACCCAGAGAACCUUUACCUACUAUGUUCAGCAUGCUGCAUCCACUAGAUGAAAUAACGCCACUGGUUUGUAAAUCUGGAAGUCUUUUUGGUUCAUCACGGGUACAAUAUGUUGUAGAUCAUGCAAUGAAAAUUGUUUUUCUCAGCACUGAUCCCUCCAUUGUAAUGACCUAUGACACUGUUCAUGGUUUGCAUUCUGUGUGGACUCUCCGGAGAGUCAAAACAGAGGAAGAGAAUGUUGUUUUAAAGUUCUCGGAACAGGGAGGAACCCCGCAGCAUGUGGCCACUAGCAGCUCCCUCACAGCGCACCUCAGAAGCCUCUCCAAGGGAGAUUCCCCUGUGGCCUCCCCUUUCCAGAACUACUCCUCCAUUCACAGCCAGAGCCGCUCAACCUCCUCUCCCAGCCUACACUCCCGCUCACCUUCCAUUUCCAACAUGGCAGCUCUCAGUCGUGCUCAUUCUCCUGCCUUAGGAGUGCACUCUUUUUCAGGGGUGCAAAGAUUCAACCUUUCAAGCCAUAAUCAAUCUCCAAAGAGACACAGUAUUUCUCAUUCUCCAAAUAGUAAUUCUAAUGGCUCCUUUCUUGCACCAGAAACAGAGCCAAUUGUUCCUGAACUUUGUAUUGACCAUUUGUGGACAGAAACAAUUACUAAUACAAGGGAGAAAAAUUCACAGGCCUCAAAAGUCUUUAUUACCACUGACCUUUGUGGGCAAAAGUUCUUGUGCUUUUUAGUAGAGUCCCAGCUCCAGUUACGAUGUGUAAAGUUUCAAGAGAGCAAUGAUAAAACCCAGCUCAUCUUUGGCUCCAUCACCAACAUUCAGGCAAAGGAUGCAGCGCCCGUGGAGAAGAUAGAUACUAUGCUGGUCCUGGAGGGCUGUGGAAACCUGGUGCUGUAUACAGGAGUGGUUCGGGUGGGAAAGGUUUUUAUUCCCGGACUGCCAGCUCCCUCCCUGACAGUGUCCAACACGAUGCCUCGGCCCAGCACGCCGCUUGACAGCGUUAGUACUCCUAACCCUCUGAGUAAACUGCUUGGACCCUUGGAUGAGGUUGUUCUAUUGUCCCCAGUUCCAGAACUAAGGGAUUCUUCAAAGCUUCAUGAUUCUCUCUAUAAUGAGGAUUGUACUUUCCAACAGCUUGGAACUUACAUUCAUUCUAUAAGAGACCCUGUCCAUAACAGAGUAACACUAGAACUGAGUAAUGGUUCCAUGGUUAGGAUCACUAUUCCUGAAAUUGCCACCUCUGAAUUAGUACAAACUUGUUUGCAAGCAAUUAAGUUCAUCCUGCCCAAAGAAGUAGCUGUUCAGAUGCUUGUGAAGUGGUACAGUGUCCACAGUGCUCCGGGAGGACCCAGUUAUCACUCAGAGUGGAAUUUAUUUGUGACUUGUCUCAUGAACAUGAUGGGUUAUAACACGGACCGCUUAGCAUGGACAAGAAACUUUGACUUUGAAGGAUCACUUUCCCCAGUCAUUGCACCCAAAAAAGCAAGGCCUUCUGAGACGGGAUCUGAUGAUGACUGGGAAUAUUUACUGAGUUCAGAGUACCACCGGAAUGUUGAGUCUCAUCUUUUGAAUAAAUCUUUAUGUUUGAGUCCAUUGGAAGUUUCACAGACGAGGGAUGAGGAUUUUUCACAGAAUCUCAGUUUGGACUCCUCCACACUUCUCUUCACUCACAUACCUGCAAUUUUUUUUGUUCUUCACCUCGUCUAUGAGGAGCUCAAGUUGAACACUCUGAUGGGAGAAGGUAUUCGUUCACUUGUGGAACUGCUUGUUCAGUUGGCAAGGGACUUAAAAUUGGAACCUUAUAUAGACCAUUACUACAGAGAUUACCCAACACUUGUCAGAACCACUGGACAGGUGUGCACAAUUGAUCAAGGUCAAACAGGAUUUAUGCAUCAUCCAUCAUUUUUUACUUCUGAGCCACCAAGUAUUUAUCAGUGGGUGAGCUCUUGUCUGAAGGGUGAAGGAAUGCCACCCUACCCUUAUCUUCCUGGGAUCUGCGAAAGAAGCAGACUUGUAGUCUUGAGUAUUGCGCUCUACAUACUUGGUGAUGAAAGCUCUGUUUCUGAUGAAUCCUCACAGUAUUUAUCCAGAAUAAGUAUAGCUCCCCAGAAGUCCCAAGCAGAACAAGAGGAGAACAGGUUUAGUUUCAAGCAUUCUACCUCAGUUUCUAGUCUAGCUGAGAGAUUAGUUGUCUGGAUGACUAAUGUAGGUUUCACUUUAAGAGACUUGGAAACUCUUCCCUUUGGAAUUGCUCUUCCCAUCCGAGAUGCAAUUUAUCACUGUCGGGAGCAGCCCGCUUCUGACUGGCCAGAAGCUGUCUGUCUCUUGAUUGGACGUCAGGAUCUUUCCAAGCAGGCCUGUGAAGGAAACCUGCCCAAAGGAAAAUCUUCUGUUACUCAGGUGCUCUCAUCAGAUGUUCCUUCAGGAACAGAAACUGAGGAGGAAGAUGAUGGCAUGAAUGACAUGAAUCAGGAGGUGAUGUCACUGAUCUGGAGUGAAGACUUAAGGGUGCAGGACGUGCGACGGCUUCUUCAGAGUGCACACCCUGUCCGUGUCAAUGUGGUGCAGUACCCAGAGCUCAGCGACCACGAGUUCAUUGAGGAAAAAGAAAACAGGUUGCUCCAGUUGUGUCAGCGAACUAUGGCUCUUCCAGUAGGACGAGGAAUGUUUACCUUGUUUUCAUACCAUCCUGUUCCGACAGAACCAUUGCCUAUUCCUAAGUUGAAUUUGACUGGGCGGGCCCCUCCUCGGAACACCACAGUAGACCUGAACAGUGGCAACAUUGAUGUGCCUCCCAACAUGACCAGCUGGGCCAGCUUCCACAAUGGUGUGGCUGCUGGCCUGAAGAUAGCCCCUGCCUCCCAGAUCGACUCUGCCUGGAUUGUGUACAAUAAGCCCAAGCACGCCGAGUUAGCCAACGAGUAUGCUGGCUUUCUCAUGGCCCUGGGUCUGAAUGGGCACCUUACCAAGCUGGCUACUCUCAAUAUCCACGACUACUUGACCAAGGGUCAUGAAAUGACAAGCAUUGGGCUGCUCCUUGGUGUUUCUGCUGCUAAACUAGGUACCAUGGAUAUGUCGAUUACACGGCUUCUUAGCAUUCACAUUCCUGCUCUCCUGCCCCCAACGUCCACGGAGCUUGAUGUUCCUCAUAACGUCCAAGUGGCUGCGGUGGUUGGCAUCGGCCUCGUCUAUCAAGGGACAGCUCACAGGCACACUGCAGAGGUCCUGCUGGCUGAAAUAGGACGGCCCCCUGGUCCUGAAAUGGAAUACUGCACAGACAGAGAGUCCUACUCUUUAGCGGCUGGCUUGGCCCUGGGCAUGGUCUGCUUGGGGCAUGGUAGUAAUUUGAUAGGCAUGUCUGAUCUCAAUGUUCCUGAGCAGCUUUAUCAGUACAUGGUUGGAGGCCAUCGGCGCUUUCAAGCAGGGAUGCACAGGGAGAAACACAAAUCUCCAAGUUACCAAAUCAAAGAAGGAGAUACCAUAAAUGUGGAUGUAACUUGUCCGGGUGCCACUCUUGCCUUGGCAAUGAUCUACCUAAAAACCAACAACAGAUCCAUUGCAGAUUGGCUCCGAGCUCCUGACACCAUGUAUUUGCUGGACUUUGUGAAGCCAGAAUUUCUCUUACUUAGGACACUUGCUCGAUGCCUGAUUUUAUGGGAUGAUAUUUUACCAAACUCCAAGUGGGUUGAUAGCAAUGUUCCUCAAAUUAUAAGAGAAAAUAGUAUCUCUCUCAGUGAAAUUGAGUUGCCUUGCUCAGAGGAUUUGAAUUUGGAAACUUUGUCGCAAGCGCAUGUCUACAUAAUUGCAGGAGCUUGUUUGUCUCUGGGUUUUCGAUUCGCUGGCUCAGAAAACUUAUCGGCAUUUAACUGUUUGCAUAAAUUUGCAAAAGAUUUUAUGACUUAUUUGUCUGCACCUAAUGCUUCUGUAACAGGUCCUUACAAUCUGGAGACUUGCCUCAGUGCGGUGCUGCUGUCUCUGGCCAUGGUGAUGGCUGGCUCGGGGAACUUGAAGGUUUUGCAGCUUUGUCGCUUCUUGCACAUGAAAACAGGUGGUGAAAUGAACUAUGGUUUCCAUUUAGCCCAUCACAUGGCCCUUGGACUUCUGUUUUUGGGAGGAGGAAGGUACUCUUUGAGCACAUCGAACUCUUCCAUCGCUGCUCUCCUCUGUGCCCUCUACCCGCACUUCCCAGCUCACAGCACAGACAACCGGUACCAUCUCCAGGCUCUCCGGCACCUGUAUGUGCUAGCUGCGGAACCGAGGCUUCUGGUGCCUGUGGAUGUGGAUACAAACACGCCAUGCUACGCCCUGUUAGAAGUGACCUAUAAGGGCACUCAGUGGUAUGAACAAACCAAAGAAGAAUUGAUGGCUCCCACCCUUCUUCCAGAACUUCACCUUUUAAAGCAGAUUAAAGUUAAAGGUCCACGAUACUGGGAACUGCUCAUAGAUUUGAGCAAGGGAACACAACACUUGAAGUCAAUUCUUGCCAAGGAUGGAGUUUUAUAUGUUAAGCUCAGAGCAGGUCAGCUCUCCUACAAGGAAGAUCCAAUGGGAUGGCAAAGUUUGUUGGCCCAGACUGUGGCUAACAGAAACUCUGAAGCUCGGGCUUUCAAGCCUGAAACAAUUUCAGCAUUCACUUCUGAUCCAGCACUUCUUUCAUUUGCCGAAUAUUUCUGCAAACCAACUGUGAACAUGCGGCAGAAACAGGAAAUUCUGGAUCUCUUUUCUUCAAUUCUCUAUGAAUGUGUGACUCAGGAGACCCCAGAGAUGUUGCCUGCAUACAUAGCCAUGGAUCAGGCUGUAAGAAGACUGGGGAGAAGAGAAAUGUCUGAGACGUCUGAACUUUGGCAGAUAAAGUUGGUGUUAGAGUUUUUCAGCUCGAGAAGCCACCAGGAGAGGCUGCAGAACCACCCCAAGCGAGGGCUCUUUAUGAACUCAGAAUUCCUCCCUGUUGUCAAAUGCACUAUUGAUAAUACUCUGGACCAGUGGCUACAAGCUGGGGGUGAUGUGUGUGUGCAUACCUACCUCAGUGGGCAGCCCUGUGAGGAGUCACAGCUGAGCAUGCUGGCCUGUUUCCUUGUCUACCACUCAGUACCAGCCCCACGGCACCUGCCAGCUAUAGGACUAGAAGGGAGCACGAGCUUUGCAGAACUCCUUUUCAAAUUUAAACAGCUCAAGAUGCCAGUGCGAGCUUUGCUGAGAUUGGCUCCUUUGCUUCUUGGAAACCCACAGCCAAUGGUUAUGUGAUCAUGUCUGGUGGUAAGCCUGCCCUGAAACGUGACUUCUGCACAAAAACGUGACCAAACAACAAAGUUAAAGCAACAUUUAUAAAUUUUAUAACAUAACUAGGAAGAAACGAGCUACACAAACUUCAGUGUAUUUUAAAAUCAAAGUGAUUUAAAUAUCCCAGAGACUCUUGCUCUUGGCAUUAACAUUAUAGGAUACAUAAAAGUGAGUUAAAAUUUACUUUUGUAAAUAAAAUUUUUUGGUUUGUUUUCAGAACUCUUUCUGAUUAGUUUGGGGUUUCAUGGAGUAGAGCAGUGGGGGCUGGGGUGCAUAUUGGUUUUUGAAGUCUUUCAGCUGUGGUGGUUCAGGUGACAUGACUAUGCUCGAAAACGCAAAGUUUUUUAAAAAAGUUCUGUCAUAAAGUUUUACUUUCUACAGUAACAAAAAGGCUCUUAGCGUUUCCUAAGGUGUGACCGUUGGCUUGGCAGAAGGAGGUUUGUACAUCCUGUGAUGUGCCAGGCGUCUUCAUAGUUUGAUCAGUCAUCUUGAACAGGAGGAGACUUAGACCCUAGUGAAGAAGUGCGCAACAUGAAGCUUGCUCUAAAUAGAAAACGCAAGAGGUUUCCACUGUAGAGAGGCCUUUGGAAAUUGUAUUUUAAAACAAAAGACAGUUCAUUUCCACCCAGGCUUUAGAGAACGUAUGUCUGUAUAGGUUUCUGAACUAGAUGAUCAUGAAAAGUAUUGCUAGGAAGGUGUCUCCAGUGCAGGAAGAAGAUGGCUCCCUGUGGGUGCGCUCCCUGCUUCCUAGAGGCCAGUGGAACCGUAAACUGGUAGGAGCAGCAAGGUCUGUCCACAGGGAUUUCACGUUUCCACAUCCUGAAUUGUGGGGUUUAGCUUUAAAAGAAAACUUAAAGCAAAUAGAAAUGUUUCCAUUGGGAUCUGGACAACAACCCACGCGGCGUCCGUUUCUGCAGAGGAGGCUAGCGUCUGAGGGUGUGUGCAGGCAGUGGUUCUCCUCACUUUCCCUGUUCACCUGCCUGUGAAGCAGGGCCAAGGUGGCUCACUAGGAGGGAGAAAUGUGCUCCCCUUCACACUUUAAAGAGUUUUUCUUCUAAUUAAAAGGAAUAAAAUGGUGGAUUUGAAUCAGGAUAUGAAGAAUGUGGUAUGUAGGUGGCUGUUGUUCCCUUCACUCUCAAUUGUGUAUAAUUUGUAAGCUUUUCUCUGAUUGAAGAAUGACUUAUUUGCAUACGUAUGAACCCUCCUGUACAAAGGAGAACAGUCAUUAUGUGUGCUUGUUUCCUUUAUUUUCCAGCAGUCUUAUUUGUUUGGCCUAGAGAGCCCUAGGAGCUCCUUCCGUCUGUGUGAGGCUAGACCCUGACACCUUCCUCAGGGACCCAGCUCAGGAUAGCUUGUGUCACGUGGGAGCAGAACACUCAGAACUUUCGAUGACAUGUUGGAAUUAAUCUUUCUCUUUUUUUCCCCAAGAGCCACCAUGGUAACAGUUCCUUUUCCAGAAAGGAUGACCUCAGUGUUUUUCAUAUGUUCAUAUUUAAAAUUUUUAACUCAGGUCAAAACCCUGCAGAGGUUUUCAUUACUUAGAUCAGCAUCUCCAAGAGUUUUCCUUUAAAAAAAAAGAAGGAAAUUGAUACGCAGGUUGGGGCUUUGUCUAGCAUUGUGCAUGAUUCGUAAUCAGAUCUCUCGGAUGAAUUUUGAUGUAAACACAGUCAUUACUUUCUGUACCAUGGGAGUUCUCAGAGACCUUACUAUGUUAAAAAUGUAUUAGGGGACUCAGAGGGUGGAUCUGUUCCCACCCUGCAGCCCCUGGAGGCUCCCCCCACUCACCUGGACCACCUGGAGCCCCUGCUCCAUGCCUUGGGGACCUAGGGGGCGCACUGGCGCACCCGACUCCAGACCCAAUGAUGUGGGUUCUGAGCCUGGAUCUGAAAGAGAAUCACAGCAGGGUGGCACCUGGAGGAAGGGCCCUCUGGGGUGCCCCCCUACCCUCCUCCCCGACAGACCUCCUCACACAGCUCUGGCGUGACCCAGGCUCGGUGCCCCAUUGCGUUGAAGAAUUCCACCUUCAACUUGAGGAACUCCUUGUAGAGGUCUGGCCACUGCUCCCUGCCUAGCAGGAAUUGGAAGAUGCUCCUCUUGGACAUAGGGUUGUCUUCCUCCAUGUCAGAGGCGAUGUAGCUGCCACCAGGAAAGAGGACAAGCUUGUCCCAGCCCUGAGAAGGACUCCCAGCCUGAGGUGGGACGAUGCGGAGACACUGAAGAGGUCACCAGAAGGGACCAGGGCCUGGGGCUGUGUGUCCAGGAGAGGGUCUGGGAAGCCCCACCUGCUAGGGACCCUGGGUCCAGAGGGGGCAGAACCGCCGUUAGCACCAAGCCUGGGGCUCUCCACCUCAGUUCCUGGGCAGCAAGUGAUGAUUCCUGGCUAUGCUGCUUGUCCCAGGAUCUUAAUGCAUCGCCUCCCCUCCUCUGACCACGUGGGCCCUGAGGGCCUUGGAUCACCACUGGGGGCCCUCGGGUGCCUGGGUCACACUGUCUGAUGGGGCAGGGAAGCGGAAUCGGGGCAGAAAUGAAAGCAGGGCCCUGAGGCAGCACUCACAGGGCCAGGAAGAAGUGGAUCCUGUUGUAGAGGUGACCAGGGAGCCCAACACGGCCGAAGUACUCCACCACCAUGGCGAGCAGGUACUGUGUGGAGACAGGGCAGGGAGGGGUGGCCAGGGCGUGAUGGAGGGGGAGGGUUGUGAGGGGACCGUUGUGUCCCGCCCCCAUCCAAGGCCAGAUGGUCAGACCAGCCAAGGUGGCCCUUUGACAUGUGGUGAUGAGUUGACAAAAGGCCAGGGAGGAGAUGGCUAGGGCAGGGCACUGGCACUGUGCCCUUUGUUCCUGGCAUCAAGGGUGGGUGCAGACAGUGUGUUCUCAUCCCCACCCCCAUGGAGUGGGGACACUGCAGACCCCUCCAUCCCCCAUCGUUUUAGUGCUGCAGGUACCUUGUCAGACACUUUCAGAAAAAUGUCAGCUUCCAAGAAGCUCUGGAUAACAGGAUCCUCUGCAAAGGAAGGGAGCAGUGGUGAGGGCCUUGGAGCAGCCCUUCUGGGGGGCAGUGAACCUGGGGCUGUGGGACGUUUCACAGGAAAGAGGAAAACGGUUCCUCAGUCUCAGGAGGCCACGCCCCUUCUUCCACCAGGGCUCAGAGCCUUUUUUUUUUUUUUUUUUUUUUUUUUUGUCUUUUGUCUUUUGUUGUUGUUGUUGUUGCUAUUUCUUGGGCCGCUCCCGCGGCAUAUGGAGGUUCCCAGGCUAGGGGUUGAAUCGGAGCUGUAGCCACCGGCCUACGCCAGAGCCACAGCAACGCAGGAUCCGAGCCGCAUCUGCAACCUACACCACAGCUCACGGCAACGCCGGAUCGUUAACCCACUGAGCAAGGGCAGGGACCGAACCCACAACCUCAUGGUUCCUAGUCGGAUUCGUUAACCACUGCGCCACGACGGGAACUCCAGAGCCUUAACAUCAGUAACAAAUGCUGUUCUUUGCAUUGGCACAGAUACCUGAGUCUCAGCUGUGGGGCUUCGGUUUUGCUGUUAUUUAAUCUUCAACACUUGGGAGGUGGUCAGCGUGUUUCAUGCAGAGACCUGGUUCUCAAUGUUUAACAUACUUGCCUCAAGCCAAAGCUUACAUGUGGCCCCUGGGCCUCUGGACAUCACAUCCUUGUCACUAAAUUGUGCUGUAACUGCAAAGUUUUUCUUCCCCAUCCGAUAACUGAGCACUCUGGGGGCGGGGGGUGGGGGGGCGCGGAGAGAAUUUAUCCACCCCUGCCCCACAACACUGGGCAUCCUACCCUCCUUUUCUGGACCCUCUCACUUCUUGUAGGUAAUGACCUGGCCUCGCCUGCCCCCAGCAGGUUCAUCUGGAAUUAGAGCUGUCCCCUGGAGGUGCCAUUUUCCAGUGUUUACCCGAGAGUGCCAGGUCCUGCCUGUCCUUGUCCCGGACAAUGACAUCUGCCCAGAUGGGAGGACAGAGGAGUCAGGGAUCAUUUUGCCCUCCCAGGCCCAUUGCCUGGUUCUCGAAAGAGUGCCAUCUCAUAGAGCUUUCUGUGAUGAUGAAAACUGUCUGUGCUGUCCAGCACGGUAGCUGUUAGCCAUGUGUGCCUCCUGAGCAUCUGUCUAGUUAUGGCUAGUGAGACUGAGGCCUGAAUCUGAAAAGUUGAUGAACCCAUUUAGAAUUAAAUUUGAAAAGCUCUGUGUGGCUAGUGGACAGUGUCAGCUCUGUGUCGUCCUCAAAUCUGCCCCACAGGGUCCUGCCUCUGGUCCCAAUGCCACAUUCUCUGCAGACUUUCCUGAGUAUCCCAGUAAAGGCGCUCCCGCUCUUGUUCACACCUCACCUCUAGGUGUUAUUGCCUUUUUAAAAGUUCCUUCUCUGCGCUUGCCACUGGCUGAGAGCAACUUAUAUUUCUGUACAUUUUAUGGGUCUCCUCCCAUUUUGAGCAUAAAGACAGAAUAUCUGGUUUGUCUUUUCAUCACUGAGCUCUAAAAUCUUAACUGGAGGAAGUAAAUGUGGACAGAGGAUUCCCCCAUGAUUUGUUCUGAAAUGUCUUGAUGACGGAACUCAGGUGGGAGCCUCUUUUUCCCUUCUCCCUCCGAGAACUUGUCUCAGAAGAAAAACCCGUCAGCACCACAGUCGAACCAGCACAUGGAAGCAGAUGGAUCUACGGCCAUGCUGCCUCGACUCCUUACAGCUUCGAGCCCCAGGGGAGGUUGGGGCAUGAGCCCAGAGCCACUGGGGUCCUCAGUUAAAGGGCCUGAGACCCUACAGCUCAGAUCACACACCCAGAAGUCGGUAGAAUGCUUCUUGAUCUUCUGGACGGUAACUAGGUCUUCUCCUCUUGUUCAUCCUGAGUUUCGUUCCCUCAACAUGAUUGACUGUCCAUAUGUUCCUCUUCUGCCCCCUCUUCUUCCAGGACUUCAGCUUGGAGACAGCUUCAGAGGAGGAGUUGGAGGGCAGGGGGCUGCUCUCAGGGGCAGCUGCAGGAGCAAGAGUCCGUGUGAGCAGGGACCUGAGCCACCUGGGAAGUCCUGGGUCCUUCCCCUGCAGCUCAGCCUGAAGACUGGACCCUGGGCCCUGCCUUGUGAGGACAAGAUGACCAUCCAGUAAUCAUGGAUGUUUCGUCCAGGGCCAGAGGUACUAAAGGGAGCCCGAGGACAGUGCAUACGUACCGGCCCUGACGUCCACCAUUCUCUUCCUCUUCUGGCCUCUCGUCUUCCUGGUUCUCUGCUCAGGGACAGCCUCUGGAGGGGCAGAACUGGAGGCCAGGGGGCUCCCUUUUUGAGCAGCUGUGGAGGGAGGAAGGACCCUCUGUGUGUGAUCCAGGCAGGGACCCAACUGGGAAAUACUGGGCUCUUCCCUUCUCACUCACCGUGAGGACUUUGCACACUGACUCUGAAGGGAGAGGAGAAGAAUGACCCCCCCACCCUUUGCCUGUGUCUGUGAAGGACCAUAGGAACUGAUUUGAAAUUUACCUUUAUUUGCCAGGCAAAAGCUGCUCUCCUCUGCCUCUUUCCAUGGAUCUUUCUGCCCUGGGGACACCUCUGUGGAGACAUGUGAAAUUCUCUGGGUGCCUUUAAUAACUAUGGAAGUGAACAAGAGAGUGGCCUCCUGUCUCGCCCUGGAUACCCUUCCCCCCCGCCCCUGCCCUGCGAACCCACACUCGAGUUGAGGGGAGAAGAGAGGCUGGAGGCACGGUGAUCUAUCACCUUCAUUCAUGCAGAGCCCAGGAUUCAGGCGAAUGCCCACACACACCUGCCUUCCCUUCCAUGCACGCCUUUUUCUUCUGACCCCUCUGUGCUGGGUCCUGCUGGCUGGACCGGUUUCUAAGGCAGCUGAUAGGGGCUCAGAGGGAUCUGGCCUUCUCUGGGUGUAAAAAAAUGGAAGGAAACACAACUUGAUUCUGGCCGGACUCUUUCUUUUUACUUUACCUGCUUCUUGUGAAACCUCAUAAUUAAAAUGGCGAUGGUAGUGGCUAACAGUUAUUGACUGCUUA